AUGGAACAGGAUGCAGAGGUUGUAGCCCCACAAACUAUUUUAAGAGCCAGAAUUGCUCUAUUGUCAACUGCCAUUGGUGGUCCUGAUUAUAAUUCGAAGUUAGUUCCUCCACCUUACAAGUUAGGUGAUGAUUGUUUAGCUUGUUUGAAAGAUUUGAAAAGAUGGUUUAAACUAGUGGAUGAUCAACAAAAUAGAUGGGAUGUUGCAAUGGCAACUGCAGAAUACAAGAUUCUAGUCGAUGACUUAUUACCUAUACUAAUUGAUUGGGAAAAUAAAUGUUCACUGGCUGCAAAACUAAACAAACAAAGUGGUGGUUCAGGGAAUGAAACUGUUAGUCAAAAUAAUCAUUUUAAAAAUAAAGCUUAUCAUGAUAAAAUUGCGUUGAAUUGUCUUCAGCUAUUGGUUUUAAUGACCUGGCCUUUAGUAUUAACUGAUCAAUCCACUUCAGAUCAAGUAAAUUUUUAUUCAGAUUUAAAGAAACAUCAACUUAUAUAUAAAAAGGCAAUUCUCACAAUGGAGAAUGGUAAAACGUUAAAAGCGGUUUUGAGAUUAGCAUUUGACGUAAUAAAGCUAGAUCGUUUACACAGAACAGCAAGAGAUAACAUGGUGCUGAAAUUAGUACUGCACUUUUUUAGAAACGUAAUAGCGAUAGAACCUGGAGAAUUGACCAUUACAACGAAAAAACGUUCAAAUAAAGGUAUAAACACAACUGAUACUUUACCACCAAAUAUAUCUUUAGACGAUAUUUCUUUAGAUGCAACUAUAAAUUCUUUCCAUAGGAAUAAAGUAUUCAAUCUAUUCUUGACAAUGGGUAGCUCUAUCUCAACAGAAUUCGAUCAAGAUUUCAUUAACCUUCCUCUAUUAGAAAUUAUGUUUUAUUUAACCAAAGAUGUGAACCAAACUAAAUUAUUAACUACAGGCAAGAGAGAUAAUAAAGACUUGAAUGAAAAAGAUAAUGAUAGGAAUGACAACAGACAUUUAACCAUAACUGGCGUGGAAUUAUCAGAUUUAUUAAAAAAAGAACACCAAUUAAAGAAACAUAUGAUACAGAACACAUCAUCUAGACAUUCAAGAUUUGGUGCCUUGUUAUCAAUUAAAACUCCUGAUAAUGGAAGAUUAACAGUUUCAGGUGGCCAAAGUUUACAUAACGAUGGUAUGGCAUUACAAAAAUUAGACAAUAGGAAAAAAUGGAAUAAAAGAGUAAUGCAAGAUAGAGACAACCUGAUUAUCGAGGGUUUACCUAAUAACCUAUUAAACUCAAAUUCAAAUGCAGCAGUUCUUCAUGAACAAACAAGGAAACACUUCAGAAAGUUUGUUGAAUAUUUCAUUGAUUCAAGUUUUGACAAUUUACUAAAAAGUAUCACAAACCAUUUUACUACCGAACAAGAUAGAAUGGUGAGCUUAGAACAGAUUGAAUAUUUGCUCUUCUUUUCAUGGUUUGUAAAGUUUCAAAGGCUUCGAUGCCAGAUUAAUAAAGAUUCUAAAUUAUCUGAUAUAUCUUCUGUCUACAAUGAAACAUCAUUCAUCCUGAUGUGCUCUUUACUAAGAUCCAGUUAUGACGAGAAGAAUUGGAUUGUACUUCACGCAUCUAUGAUUGCUUUUAAUGAAUUUUUGAUCUUUACUUAUGAUUCAAAAGAUUCUGAUGACGUUGAGGAAAUAGAAUACAUUUUAAGUCGAUUAUUCAGUGAUGAUAGGAUCCAAUUGUUAACAAAUUUACCAAAAAUUGCAUCAAAACAUUCUGUAAACUUCAUGAAAGCUGCCAUUACAUUAACACAUUCAGUAUUAAAGACACUACAAGAAUACUCAGAAGAUGAGAAUGGAUUGGUUGUUGAAGGUAAAAAGAGAAGGAAAAAGAAAUCUAAUAACUUUGCCACUGAAGAUAUUCAAAAUGCAAUGGAAACUUAUGACAUUGGAAGGGAUGAAGCACUGGAAAUGUUAUCAUCCUCUACUGCGUCAGUCCAAGUAAAUUUUAAAAGAGUCCAGAAUAGUUACAUGACAGAAUCAGUCAUGGAUACUUAUGUUAAAUUUUUGGAAAGAUUUAGAGAAUUGGACGAUGACAGUAUCAAAAAAGUAUUUUCUUUCUUUUAUAGAGUUUCAGUUGAUGCAAGAGAAGAGUCAUUACUAUUUAGAAUUGAUCUAAUAAUUUUAUUACGUGAUUUAUUGUCCAAUGAUGGGGUACCAAGGAUGUAUAAGUCUAGAAAACAUAUUGAUAAUUUUACGGAAUAUCUAUUGUCUAAAUUAAAGAAAAGACUUAAGGAAUCUCCAGCUUGGUAUGUGGCAAUCCUAUUUCCAUCAUUACAUGAUUCCGAGGUUGGAUAUUAUCAAAAGUAUUGUGAAAAGAGACAAUCAAAGAAAGAUACGUUCCAUGGUGCCCCUCCAAGUUACUUCAGAUCAAUUCCAGAUCAAGAAAGUUUAGAACCUGCUGCACUUAAAGAUAUACAUGUUGGUAUUUUAGUAUCAACAUUAAUCGAUGAUGGUAAGCUCGAAUUAAUAGAGAAGUUAGUACAAAAUCUCUCUAAAACUAUUGAUAUAUUUAAGUCUUGGAUUUCAGUUAAUGUAAACGAUGGAAACGAUUUACAGAAUCCACCAAAUGAAAUUUUCAAUUCUAAUGACGAUAACUUAAAAGAAGCUUUAAUAUUAGAUAAAGAUUUCAGGGCUCUUUUACAAUUAGUUGGGUAUAAGAUUCCAUUAAAUAGAGAAGAUACUUGCUACCUUCCUGGAGAUUUAGAUGUUGUACAAUUAUCCGAAUAUUUAUCCAUGAUAGAGAAGUACAUGUCAACUCCAUUCCAAACUCCAAAUGGCCAACCUUCAUCUUCAUAUUUAGUUAGGCCAAAAGCAAACAGGCAAUUCAACAAUAUCGAUGAUGAAGAUGGUUGGUUAUCUAACGAAGAAUAUGAUUACAACGAAGAUGGCAUUGUUCGUGAUGAAGAUGCCGAUGCAAAUGAAGACAAUGAUUACUUUAAGGAUCUAGAUUCUAUGAAAGAGAGGACAGAAGGAAGAAAUAUGAGUAAAGGUUUAGCAAAGUCAAAGAAGAAAUCUAAAUCAAAGAAGAAAACAUCAAAAAGUAAUUUACCAUCAUUUGAUAUCGACAAUGAUGAUACGACAGGUAGGAAGAAACAUAGAUUGACAAUUUCAAGCAAAGAAUUUAUUAGUGAUUCUGAGGAUGAAAAUGAUGAUAUAAAUCCAAUCUUUUUUGAGAAUGAGAUGUACAUGAGGUGGCUAUUAGACAAACAUAAUGGCCAACUUCCUGAAGAGAAGUUUGCAUUAUUUGGGAAGUUUACAAGCGAAAGAAUUGCAAAUUCAGGAUCCAUCAUAAAUGAUUAUUCGUCACUUUUCGGAGGUGCUAUACCUGAUAUAAGCUCCAUCGGUAACAAUCAGAAUUCGUCCACACAACCAGACAGGUCAUUAAUUUCAUUUUCAAAUAAAAUUGAUACACCGCCUGUUAGGACAGAAAAUAGUCAAUUAAGUAAUGAUGAAAACAUUACAAAAAUGAUGCCAGAAAUGAAUAAUAAAGAUUCGUCUGACGAAGAAAUUGAAGAUUUAUCUAACUUGGACACCGACCUUUCUGACGACGAUGUAAAUAAUUCUGAUGAUAACUCCUCUUUAAGUUCAAAUGAGGAUACAGAGGCAACUGAAAUUACACGAACAGAUAGAACUAGUAUCGAAACUUCAGUAACGGAACAAGACAUGAAUGACAAUCUUGUCACUGGGAAACUAAUCUCCAAAAGAUCACAUGAGAGGAACUAUUCCGAUGAUGAGGAGUCAAUGGAAGACAUAUCCAUUCCUAGAAAGAAGGCAAGAAUCCUAAUGGAUGUAGACGAUGACGAUGAUGAGUAA